CUCUUACAAGUCAUAUAACCUCAAUCCUUUGCAUUAAGAUUGAAGAGGUAAGACUUGAGAUCAGACCUUUCAUAUUGGCCCGUACUUGUGUUUGCUUAGAAAAUUAACUGCUGCCUCAGUUACAAGAUCAAAAUCGUUAUACCUCAGAGAGGCUCCACAGCUUCAUAAGAGCUCCAUCAUGUCAAACCAAGGGGUGCAGUUGCAUAUCCAAGAACGUCAUGUGGUGAUGGAUAAUGGCAUACUCCAAGUCACAUUAUCCAAACCAGAGGGAAUUGUCACUGGAAUACAAUAUAAUGGCAUCAGCAAUUUACUUGAAGUUCUCAAUGAUGAAUCCAAUAGAGGAUAUUGGGAUCUUGUAUGGAGUAAAGAAGGAAGCACAGGAACCACGGGAACAUCCGAUGCGAUUAAAGGAGAAAGUUUUAGAGUGGUGGUAGAAAAUGAGGAACAAGUAGAAAUCUCAUUCACUAGAAUGUGGGAUCCUUCACUAGAGGGCAAGCUUGCUCCCCUGAACAUAGACAAGAGGUUUAUUAUGCUUCGUAAUUCCUCUGGCUUCUACUCCUAUGCCAUUUAUGAGCACUUCAAGGAAUGGCCCGCUUUCAACCUUCCCCAGACCAGGAUUGUAUUCAAGCUUAGGAAGGACAAGUUUCACUGCAUGGCAGUGGCAGAUAACAGGCAAAGACGCAUGCCAUUACCAGAGGACCGGUUACCAAAAAGAGGCGAACCCCUUGCUUACCCUGAAGCCGUCCUACUUGUCAAUCCUGUGGAGGCUGAAUUCAAAGGAGAGGUGGAUGAUAAAUACCAAUACUCAUGCGAAAAUAAAGAUCUUCAGGUUCAUGGAUGGAUAUGCCUCAACCCCCCGGUUGGAUUCUGGCAAAUCACACCCAGCAAUGAGUUCCGAUCUGGAGGACCUGUAAAGCAAAACCUUAGCUCUCAUGUUGGUCCCAUCAGUCUUGCUAUGUUUCUUAGUGCCCAUUAUUCAGGGGAGGAUACGGUGCUGAAACUCAAACCGGGUGAGCCAUGGAAGAAAGUUUUUGGCCCUGUUUUUAUCUAUCUCAAUACUUUGUUGGAUGAUGAAAAUGAACCACAUUGGCUAUGGGAGGACGCCAAGGAACAGAUGUUAAUUGAAGUUCAGAGUUGGCCCUACAGUUUCCCAGCUUCAGAGGAUUUUCCAUCAUCAGAACAACGUGGUUGCGUCAAUGGUCGAUUGCAAGUUCAAGACAGGUUUAUUAGUGAUUACUGUAUACCAGGCAAUGGUGCCUAUGUGGGGUUGGCACCUCCAGGAGAUAUUGGAUCAUGGCAAAGAGAAUGCAAGGGCUAUCAGUUCUGGACCAAGGCAGAUCCAGAAGGAUAUUUUUCAAUUAACGAUAUAAGAACUGGUGACUAUAAUCUUUAUGCGUGGAUUCCCGGUUUUAUUGGAGAUUACCGAAAUGAUGAGGUUAUUACCAUAACACCAGGUUGUGAUCUGGACUUCGGUGAUGUUAUAUACAAACCCCCGAGAGAUGGCCCUACAUUGUGGGAAAUAGGCAUACCGAACCGUUCUGCCGCAGAAUUCUACAUUCCAGACCCCGAUCCUAAGUAUAUCAAUAAACUUUAUGUCAAUCACCCUGACAGGUUCAGGCAGUACGGAUUAUGGGAAAGGUAUGCAGAUUUAUACCCUGAUGAAGAUUUGGUUUACACGAUUGGUACAAGUGACUACGCAAAAGAUUGGUUCUUCGCUCAAGUUACAAGGAAGAAAGAUGACAAUUCAUAUCAAGGAACUACAUGGCAGAUCAAGUUCAAACUUGACAGUGUACAAAACAGUAGAUCAUACAAACUACGAUUAGCACUUGCAACUGCAAAUGUUGCUGAAUUGCAGGUUCGCAUCAAUAGUCUAGAAACAAAUCCAUGGUCGACUGGAGUAAUUGGGCAUGACAACACAAUUGCGAGACAUGGAAUUCAUGGACUCUAUUGGCUUUACAACAUAGAAGUGCCAGGUUCUGAGCUCGUGGAAGAGGAUAAUACUAUUUUCUUGACUCAAACUAUGGCCACCAGCCCUUUCCAAGGAAUCAUGUAUGACUACAUACGUUUAGAGGGCCCCGCAUCUUCUAAUUCUAACAACUAACUUAGAAUUUCAUUUGCUGAAUAACAAAUUGUCAAAUUAGAAGACUUCAUCAGUUAUAUGAUAUCAAAUUGUACCGGAAGAAACGUUGACUUAUACACAAAGCUAAUAAUAUUGAGAAACUACAAAAUGAUGUCUAAAUAUAUUUAUUUGAAGUGUUUGUGU